AUGAUCUCACCAAAAUCGAAAAUCGAUCCGAGAAGAGUUGUCUGUAAGUGCCAGAGUCACGGCUGUUACAAAGGCAUCUUCGUCGACGCCCAUGGAAACUCUCAGCGAGGUGUGGAGGUUUGUCCAGCGAGUAAAGAAGCACAUUCUCGUGCCGACUUGCGAUCACGAAUUGAGUCAACAUCCGCGGGACGUGAUGGGAAAUCAAUCAAGCUCAACCGAAUCACCCUCGGUGGAUCAGAGAGAUCAGCUUCUAGCGCCUCUAAGCCGUCUGGGUUUGGAUCUGUCUCCGCACCGAGCCAUGCCCAUAAUCGAUCUCUCAGUCACCCUCAAAUCAUUUCAUCGUGUGAACCAUCCACGUCCAAUUCCAAGGAACGGGAAAACAUUCAGACUACAGAAAAAUCGUCACCAUCAAUCCAUAUACGAUCUGACGACACUCCCGUGGCUCCCUUGCGCAACGAAACACAAUCUGUGGAUCAAGAUGUAUGCAAUGCUGCAGAUUCAGCAAGAAAAAACGGAUUACAAGAAUAUGACACCAGUAAGUAUGUUCCUAAUUGA